AAAGGAAGCGCGACGGGCGACGGAGCGGAAGAAGAGGCCAGGCAGCGAGAAGAAGUGAACAAAGAGGGAGGUGAAAGUCCAAUAUUGUCCUCGGCAGCCAAUCACCUCGCCUCUCGAGUACAGCCAUGGCAAGUCUACUGAGAACGUCGCUGGCUCAGAGCCGCAGUCUGCAAGCUACGGCAAGCAGCAGCAGGACAACGCUGGACUGGACCGCAACUCGGCACUACGCCUCCUCGACCUCGUCCUCUUCCAAGGGUCCUGGCCAAUCCUCUGCCAGGCCUACACCUCCGCCCCCAGCUCCUCGUCCUACACCUCCCCCGGCACAGCAGCGUCCGCCGCAAGCAUCUGGCGCCCCUCCUCCGCCGCAGAAGAAGCCUCUGUCUCAGUCGUCAGUAGCUUCAGAGCAGGACAAGCUUCCUCUCCCAUGGCUCUCUCGCCCCUUGGGCGUCCCCAUCAAACCCCUCUCGGCUGCCAGUGCUGCCGCCUUGCCCAAACGCAGCAGCAAAGAGCGAGCGCAGGACUAUCUCUCGGGCGGCAGACAGAAGGAGCGUGAGAACAUCGUCAAGUCGGCCACAAAGGGUUACUUCCACGACUUUCACUCCCUCAAGGCUCAUGGCGGAAAGACUUGGAGGGCUCCAGCUACGAUGAUUCGAGAGGAUAGGGCGCUGUGGUUUCCACAGGUCAGCGGGACUUGCCUUGCUGAUCGUACAACGAAGGAUACUGUGGAAAUGACUGCGGGAAAGGUCAGCGUGAUUGCUCUCCUAAACAGCAGGAUCUCAGAGGAACACACCAAAUCCUUCUUCUCCCCCACCCUCGACCUCUACUCCUCCCAUCCCAACUUCCAACUCCUGCAAGUGAAUCUGCAGCCCAACCUGCUCAAGCACUACCUCAUCUCCCUCUUCCUCUCCUCGUUGCGCUCCCAAAUACCCGAACCACUACAAAAGGGCUACCUGCUGACCAAGUUGGACCUGGACAAUCCGAGUGCAGGACAUGGCAGGGUGCAUAGAGAGGAUAUGGGAAUGGCGAAUAAGCACGUUGGGUAUACGUACCUGGUGGAUCAGAAUGGCAAGAUCCGCUGGGCGGGGGGAGGAUUUGCAGAGAAGGGUGAGAGAGAGGCGUUGCUCGCCUGCACAGGAGUACUGCUGGGUAGAGGUUCGGGGGCAUAAGUGAAGGCUCGAGACAGUCGCCCAGCUUUUGCGAACAGAGAGCGUGUGGUCACAUCAUGAUGCCGUUGGGGAUCUUCUGAGUUCAACAGGAAUAAGGGAUAUGUAACAUUAGAGCAUACGGUGCAGGAAUGCAGUCAAAGGGUAUCACAAUCAGCACCUCGGGGUAUCGGUAUCAGUGUGGCUGCUAGUCCUCCUCCUCCAGCAAGC